AUGCUUAAGAUAGGAAAUGUUGUGAAGAAUAAAAGGUGUUUUUUAAAAUAUGACGUAAAAUUUUAUAGUAGUAAGAAAAAGGUGGAGACGAAAAAAAAUAAAGAACAGAAAUAUAAUUUAUGGAGAUGGGGAUGUCCAGGUGAUAGUUUAUUUUCUUCUAUAAAAGUUGGAGAAAAAAACAAGAUGCCUGAAAAAUUAAGUGAAUUUGAAAAUGUAAACAUAGGGAAAAUAUCAGCUGGUUGUAAUCAUUCAGCUUUUAUUAUAGAUGGAAAAAUUUUUACAUAUGGAUUAAAUGAUAAAGGUCAGUUAGGAAGAACAUUAGAUGGAAAUGAAAAAUCACAAAAUUAUUCAUUAAUACCAAAAGAAGUAAAAACAAAUGAAGAUAUAAAAUUUACAAAUGUAUGUUGUGGAUAUAAACAUACAUUAGCUAUUGAUGAAAAUAAUGAAUUGUAUAGUUGGGGAUGGGGGGGAAAUCUUUUUAAAGGAGCUAAUGGAUUAGGUCAAGGAAAUAAAAAUAAUAUAAAUAUACCUAAAAGAGUUGAAACAUUUAAAAAUGAAGAUUCUGAAUUUAUAAAUAUAUCAUGUGGUGAACAACAUAGUUUAGCUUUAACAAAAAAUGGAAAAGUUUAUGGAUGUGGAAAAGGAGAAUUUGGAAGGUUAGGUAAAGGUAAUCAUGGUGAUCAAUUAUUUUUUGAAGAAAUAGAUUAUUUUGUUAGUAAUAAUAUUGAAAUUAAGGAUAUAAGUUGUGGACAUAGCUUUUCAGCAGCCCUUUCAAAAAAUGGAGAUGUAUAUGUUUGGGGAAGAAAUGAUUAUGGUCAAUUAGGUAUAGAAAAUAGUAUUGGAGAUCUAUAUUCUCAUGAAGUAUAUCCUAAUAAAGUUAAAUAUUUUGAAAUUGAAAAUAUUAAAAUAAAAUAUAUUGCUUGUGGUGAUAAUCAUAUGAUUGCUUGUUCAGAAAAUAAUAUUAUUUAUUUUUGGGGAUCAAGAGCUUGGCUUGAACCCAAAGCUAUAACAUUAAAUCCUUUAUAUGAAAAUAGUUUAAUAAAAAAAAAUAUCGAAAAAAUUGACGCAGGAGGUAGUACAUAUUAUUAUUCAAUGCUCCUAUCUGAUUAUAAAUUAUAUUCAUGGGGAAAAUAUAAUUCCUCUUGUUUAGCUUUAAAUGAUAAAAAAAAUCAUAACGAACCAACCUUAGUAGAUUCUGCCCUAUUUAAUAAUGAAAAGAUAUGUGAUAUCUCGUGUGGUAGAGGACGCGUUCUUGCAAAAACAUUGGCAAAUAAUUAA